GAAGCAUCAACAGGGAUAUGUCCACCUGUGGUGUUUUCCACUCCAUUGGAUCAGACCUCACACGCACAAGAGGCAGGUCCAAAGCACAUCAAAAUGGCUCUAUAAGAAAUGAGCAGACUGUUUCAAGGGCAAGGGAUCAUGGAAACACCCCCACAAGCCGGGCUGAGCCAGUAGCUUCCAGAGAGAGUUUUGUACCAGGGAAUGAGAAUGCCAGAGCAAAUGGAAAUGCCGAUCACUUCAAUGGGGUUGACACAGGUAUCUGCAGUAUGUCCACCCAGGACAAGCGGUCCAGGAAAGCAAGCACGGUUAAGGAGCCUAUCCUUCAGUACAUGAAGCGCCAGAAAUCUCAAGCUCUCUGAAAUGCUUUGGGGUAUGGUAUGCUAUGGUGACCAUUCCCUAAUCAUUUUUUGAAUUCUGUUUCCACUACUAGUUGAAUAUGCAGAAACAUUUUCUACAUUCUUCCCUUUCUGGUUCUAUACCUCUUUUUUUUUUUUGUGGUUAUUAAUUAGAGAAAAUGUUAGAAUCAUGACAAAUGAAAAAGGAUCAUCAAAUUUUCACAUUUUAUAGGGAGACAUGAAUAAUAAUGAAAAAAUUAAUAGA